UUAAAAUCAGCAAGGUGGCAAACAGAAAAUAGAGGUGAAUGAAAACCAAGCAUUCUUAUCAUUUCAGUUGCCAUCUUGCCGUCGGUUAGUCUAACCGAAGGUGGUGAAAUUGGCCCUGAAUUAGCGAAACGAAUCAUACAUGAAAUUGUAACAAAUAUGAUAACUUACUUUGUUAUAAAAGUAACAAGUCGAUAUGUCUUCUUUGUUACAAGGAAACAAAUUUGACUGUCGGGUUAGUUCGGUGCUAAACAAGAAUGUUCGAUCUUACGGAAAAAAGUACAUGUUUGAUAAUUCCAAUGAAACGUGUUGGAAUUCUGAUGCAGGAAGUCCACAAUGGAUUGUUAUUAAUUUUGAAGAAGAGUGUAAUGUUUCUAGUUUUGAAAUAGAAUUUCAAGGUGGAUUUGCUGGUAAAGAUUGUCAUGUAGAGGCUGGCAAUGAUGGGAAAGACAUGACGGUUAUGGAAGCAUUUUAUCCAGAAGAUUCAAAUAAACUACAGCGAUUUAACUUAAAGAAUCAGAUCAAAGCCAAGAUUUUUAAAUUUGUAUUUAAUCAAAGUACUGAUUUUUUUGACAGGAUUAUUAUAUAUAAUUUGUCAUUAUAUUCAUGACAUUAAAUAUCUUUUGAUAA